AUGAGCGCACAGCCUCCCGCAUCAGUCUCCACCUCCGGUCUCGUCAACGGCGCCAUGUGCCGCGCCUUCGCUGGAGGAAUCUUCAAUCUGAAGGCCAGCAUCGACCGUCGCGACCUCCUGGCAAGCACCUCUCCCCUCCCCCGCGACGAGAUCGAGGCCUUGAGCGAGCGCAUCUGGGAGACCAAGCUCGAGUUCGCCCGGGUGAUCCGCCACUGGCGGGACCCCGUCGGCCAGGGGAUCCUGGCCGACCUUUAUGAGAUGUUGAUUGGGACCCUGCCCAAUGAGGACGGAAUCAUCCCCUAG